AUGAAGAUCUUUUCACUUGUCAUGAGCGUUGGAAGCCUCGCACACCCUGCCCUUGCCUUGGACACCAGAGCUAUAGAUAGGUCUCGUGUUCCCUUCUCAUCAGGUUUCCGCCAGCCAGAGCCGCCGAUGGUCGAGCCGGAGUUCAGAGCAAAUUGGAAUCAGCAUAAGUGGGACGCUAACGUAUCCCACAUUGCCUCCGGCUUCGUUUACAAUUCCCCCUCGCAACGGAAAGUUCGCGUCGAUGAGGCAUAUGACUCCACAUUUGGUUCCUCGCUGUUGGACUACAACAACGUCACGCAGGAAGGCGUAGCCAACCGAUUGUGGACUCUGAGUCCUGCCAUCACCUCGCCGCCGGCAUGUUUUGAGGGCUUCACCAAUCCAGCUUUCCCUCUCAUCUCCGCGGAUUUUCUCGUUGCGAACAACGCUAUCUAUGGAGGCGAGGUGCAUGAUGCGCUUGCAGGAAAGGUGUCUUCCUGGGACAUCCUGUAUCAAGGAGCCAUACCGGUGACAGUCCUUCUCGGCGAGGACAACAUCAUUCAGGGCUACGAUUUCGUUGGUCCAGAAACGCGAGCACGUGCCAUCACCAGGUUCUUCAACAUCAUCGUUGGCCCAAUCAGGCAGAUGUCAUCCUCAGAAAGUGCAGACCAGAGGCAGAUAGCACACCAAUAUGGUGAAAGGACUAAGCUUCUUUGGAAUGUGGAAGGAGGGAAAAAGUAG